UUUUCCAUCUUUGGACUAGUUAAUGACGACUUAUGAAGUUGUGUACUAUGGGAGCGGGCUGGGCUGUCCCAGUGUGCUGCACCGUUAUACCUGAGUCUGCCCGGUCUGUUAUACGGAAGGACGCACGUCUCGUGCACUCGCUGCGUGUGCGUUAAACUACUUCGAUUCAAGACACAAUUCAUUAUUUUAGAGUUCGUCUUGAUCAAAAACUUGAGUGAAUCAAAUAGUGCUGCACUCAUUCAAAAAUACAGUAUAGAUACAAAGCUAAAGCAUAAUCUUUUAUUGCAUUUAAAUGACGUCUCUAGUGGGAUUCUUGACAGUUGUUGGUGCCACAAGUUACUCACAAAUUUAAUAAAACACUUAAAAGGACAGUUCAUCACAAAAAAUCUGUUAUCAUUUAACAUGUUGUUUCAAACCUGUGUGUCUAGGAAAUGUAGAAUGACAGUUUCAGUCACCAUUCACUCUCACUUCACAAUAUGUAAUAAAAAUGAACGGAGACGGUCUCUCAUAUAAUUUGAGAAUAUUCAUUUUUGGGUGCACUAUCCCUUUAAGAGCGUCCAGUCCUGAGUCUUAAAAGCGAGCAAUCUUUAGCUGAAUGCUAUUUCUAGAUUUUACAAGAUAAUAUUUUUAUUUAUUUUAUUUAAUAGCAAACAACACUUUGCCAUAUUAUAAAAACUGUUUUCUUUCUAAUUAAAUAUAUAGCUUUUGUCAUUUCCUCAGAGCAGAAAUUUUUGCAUUCUGCAAUGAACGUAUUCGUGUGCGAUCUUACAUAAGAGUUACUAAAGUAAUUUUAAAAGUACAUAAUGCUGUCAUCCACUUCUUAUCUAAACAGCCACGCCCAACACUGAAUAGAUGCUGACUUCUAGUUUGACGUCGCUUUCUCUUUAAAUAACCUUUCCGGUAAUCCGGUAAUAUAGUCCGCCGUGCAGUUAUGAGCACCGAGCUACCUUUUCCUGUGCGUGCGUGUGACAACGAGCGCGGAUCCGCUCGCGACGUAAUACGCUCAGGAGCCGUCAACGUGUUUACCUGAACGGUGAGGAGACAACGGAGCGAGCCAAUGUCCUCUUUUACCGUUCAUCGCACUCCUCGCGUGUCCAGAGCCGUGACUGCACAGACGGUUGAGGGGAAUCGGUGCGUGAAACGCGAUCUGCCCGAGCGAAGCGCGAGAGAGGCGCCCAGCACACGCCACGGCAAAUGGCAACUUGUGCAGUGAGGAGUUUUAGCAGCGUGCCAGAGGCGACCUCAGAUUCAGAUGAUGAAGACAAACUGCACAUUGCAGAGGAGGACAGUAUUGCUGACGAUCCCGACCAAAAGUCCUCAGUAUUCCAGCUCAAAGCAGCACGGCAGCUCUCUGAAACAUCCACACAGGACGAUGGCAGCCUGGGGCCAGAUACUUUAAUACAAGAAAUAAGAGUCAAAGAGGAGUGUGUCACUGAUGAGGAAGAGGGUGCUGAUGAUGAAGUGGACGGUGAGGAAAAGCAGACGGAAACAGAGCAUGUUUACUCAGACGUCCCAGAGGAGAGAACACCAGAGCGAGGGGUCCACGAUGAGAACGGUACUCCUGACGCAUUCUCGCAGCUGCACACCUGUCCGCACUGUUCCCGCGGUUACAAGCGUCACACAUCGCUGAAGGAGCACAUUAAACUACGCCAUGAAAAGAGUGAGGACAACUACUGCUGCUCCCUCUGUAGCUACACCUUCACCUACCGCACGCAGCUCGUCCGUCACAUGACCGCACACAGACACGUCCGGGAGCAGCGGACUAUUUCUCAGUCAGGCGGAAACAGAAAGUUCAAGUGUACACAAUGCCCCAAGGCCUUCAAAUACAAACAUCACCUAAAGGAGCACCUACGCAUACACAGCGGUGAGAAGCCCUAUGAGUGCUCUAAUUGUCAGAAGCGUUUCUCACACUCGGGGUCCUACAGCUCUCACAUUAGCAGUAAGAAGUGUGCGAGUGUGACCCCUGUGGUCAACGGCCUUCCUCGCACACCUGGAGUGAAAACGGCUCUUACUGUUUCUCGCCCCACACACAUCCUUCUAAAGGAGAAGGUGGACAUUAUCAACAAGCCUCUGCAAGAGCAGCUCCCCCUGAAACAGAUCAAACAGGAGACUGUUGAGCAGCAACCUAAACCUGUGCCAGCAACGCCCACGUUAGCUGCUGCCACUACCAAUGGAGUCGUGGCUCCGCAAGGCGUCGUCCAGACAUUGGUCCUGCCCACUGUCGGGCUUGUCCAGCCAAUCAGCAUCAACCUUAGCGACUUACAAAACGCGCUGAAUGCAGCAAUGGAUGGUAAUGUCAUCAGGCAGUUGUUGACUAGCACCAAUGCAAACGGAAUGAGUGCUAAAAUCAUAGGUCAAGUGCCAGCGCAGGCUCAAGCUGUCGUGUUGCAGCCGCAGCAGACGCAGCCGCAGGUGAUCUCUGCCAUCUCUCUGCCGGUUGUGGGACAAGACGGAAAUGCCAAAAUUAUCAUCAACUACAACCCUCAGCUGGACUCACAGCUCAAGGCAGUAAAAGUGAACACAACGCAGCCCACAGCAACACAAACCAGUAUUGCGCAGGCAAAAUCUACCGUCUCCAACAUCGCACAGCCAAACGUGGUGCAGCUUCAGUCGGUACAGUCCAACUCGACUGAAACCCAAACAUCAGGUACCCCAAAACCUACACAGGUAAACAUCAUUAAACCAGUCCAAUCUGGAAACCUUAGCAAACCGGCGUCUAUAAUCAAGAUAACGCCUGCGCAGGCUGCCAGGUUGGUUCAAGCUCGGGCAGCACAACCAAAGCUCACCCAGCAAACUUUACUGCUGGUGAGAAGGGCGGAUGGGACGCAGAGCCUCGUGGUGCGACAAAUACCUGUCACCAAUUCCAACACGCAGAGCACUGAGACUAAAUCAUCCCCAGAGAAGAUUACAAACACUCCUCCGGCAGAGGAGACAACUGAAAAUACAGGUUCGCUGGGGGAUAAAUGUGAAAAACAAAACCUGACCGCCCCACCAGAAAUCAAAAUCAAACCCGAACCGGCCUCUCCGUCCAAGAUCCAGCCCGAAAUGGAGAGUGAGGAUGAAAAAGAGAUGCAGACAGGUGAAAAUGAAGAAGGAGGGAAACAAACAACAGUGACAACUGAGCCAGUCGCACACUCUGGAACGGUUCACAGCGGUGUCGCCUGUGGAGAUAACUUCCAUAAUUACGCGACGUGUCUGCUUUGCGACAGCUCCCUGGGCAAACGUAAGCCUUCGGACUGUCAAGAUAGUGAUGCCAAAGCGUCGCCCACAACUAUAUCUCUCUCCUCUCUAUUGGAUAAGGAUAAGAGUGGAGCGGCAGAACGCCUCCUUCCUCUUCUGAAGGCCUACAGUCAGAACCCAGAGCCUAGCGAGGAGGAGCUGUCUCAGGUGGCCAAAACAGUCAGGUUACCUCUAGAGGCGGUCAACAAGUGGUACCAGAAGAUGCGCUCUAAGAGGAUACUGCUCCAGGCUGCAGGCAACCUGAAAAACAACCAAGAGAAAAUUAUACCAUCUGCUGUACCUGAAGGAAUGAGCCCCACUCAAGACACCUGCACUCCCACUCAACCCCUUGAAAGCACCUCAGGGGACACCCAAAAUGGAAGCUCCACUUCACCCGCCUCCCCUCCAGCCAGCAUCUCCACCGAUGAGCUUGUCAUUGUAAAGACAGAAGAUAUGGAGGAGGAGCUGCAGUGUGAACCGCUGGAUCUCUCACUCCCAAAGUCCAGCCCCGCUCAAGCCAGCACCACAGCUAAGCUGCCGGUCUCCACCCAAAAGGAACCGCUCAACCUCACCUGCCUCAAGAAGCAACCGUUGCCAAGCAACACCAUCUAUGUGACGCAGGCCGGCACGGGUCCAUUAAACAUUGUGACAACCCCAUUGCCAACGCUGGUUGCCAUAGCAGAGCCAGGAGGUGUUCCGUGCAUUGGCACAGCAAUAUCCGGUAACAAACGAACCAUCCUCAUCCCUCAGCUCACCUACACCUACACCACCAGCCCCAGCGUCAAAACUCCUGACAACUCCCUGACAGACACAAAGGGGACGGUGAUACUCAACAGCUGUCCGAAGGUGGCGGACACCGCUUCUGACUGCGUGUCAGAAGACCAGAAUGAUGAAGACUCACCUCUAAUGAAGAAGAAGAGGAAGACUGUCGGUGGCCUGUACGCCUGCGAUCUGUGUGACAAAAUCUUCCAGAAGAGCAGCUCACUGCUGCGACACAAGUAUGAGCACACAGGUAAGCGGCCUCACGAGUGCGCCAUCUGUAAUAAAGCUUUCAAACACAAGCACCACCUGAUCGAGCACACGCGACUACACUCCGGAGAGAAGCCCUACCAGUGUGACAAGUGUGGGAAGCGCUUCUCUCACUCAGGCUCUUAUUCUCAGCACAUGAACCACCGAUACUCCUACUGCAAGAAAGACACUCAUGAGCUGCCAGAGCAGGUCAGCACCUCCACUCCUCCCUCUCAGCUCGAUUCGGACGAGAGAGAGAGCGACGGAGAGGAGGAGGAGGAUUUGACCGCUCUGGACAUGAGCGAUAUCAGAGUGGUGCGAGUGGGAGAGGAAUAUGAGGAUGAGGAGAGCUGUGGAGAGGAAGAGCAGGACCGAGGACGUGAGGAGCAAGAGACAGAGGAAGGAGGAAUGGUGAUGGAGGUGGAGCUCGGAGAUACUGACACUUUGGAGGAAGAAACCGUUGAAACAGAAGAUGUUAUGGAGACGGAGGAGUCAAAGGAAGAGGACACAGUUCUCACAAAUAAUGAAGAAAACACAGAGAUGGCAUCCGAGGACUGAAGGAUGAACGCUCUUUUUCCUGUCACUCACAUGGGACUAAUGAAAGAGGUGACGAGCUCUUCAUCAUAAUCUUACAGUCGUCGGUUGCUAUGGAAAUGGUGUCUCAAGCUCUUUACUGUGUAUAAAACCCAGGUGUGCCUGAUUUACAAAACAAUAUUUCCUUGUUUAAAAAAAAAAAGAAAAAAAAAAGAGAGAGAACCCGAACCUCCAACUCAACUAGACUUCGUAGGACUUCAAAGUUUCAGUUGUUUGGCUUUGUUCCAUUACCGAGCCGCCCCUGGUAUGUCGAUUAAUCAGUGUUCACGUGUUUUUGUUGCUCUGUACAGUCAGAUUUCUAUACCUUUAUAUUUGCCAAUGAACUUUACGAAAAUCAGUAUUUUAAAGUUUUGAGAAACAAAACUAAAUUCUGCACUGCAGGUAUAGCUGGUUUACUUACGGGGGGUGAUUCUCAUGAAAACUGUCAAGAAGGGUCAUAUUUCACUUGAAAAAAAAAAAUGAUAUUUUGCAUGAAGAAAAUGAAGCCUAUUAUUAAAACCAUCACAGACAUUUUUUUAAUGAACAUUUUUAUUGUCUGAAACAUUUAAGAACAACUGCAAAUAUACACUGAUUUUAAUUUAUGCCAUAAAAUAUUUUAUUCAUGCUUUUUUAAAAAAAAAAUAUUGUGUCCAAACAGAAUGGUUUUUAUUACUGUAUUAAAUCACCUUACAGUAAUCAAUACUUAUUAAUAUGCUUAAUUGUCAAAAUCUGAUGCAAAAAAUGCUCAAUCUUUAAAGUAGACUAUUUUUUUUUUUAAUGCAAAAUAUAAUUUUUUUUUCAACUUGAUUUUUUUAGGGUGAAAUAUAACCUGGACAUUUCUUUGUGAGAUUAACCACAGAUACUUAAUGCCUCAAGUUUAAGAUACCAUUCAGUAUUUUGUCUUGUUAAUCAGGCAAGCUUUUGUUAGCAUUGCCUCAUUUUCCCAUCUGAUUGUUUAUCUGCCUUAUGAAGGAAAUUAAAUUGCACUUCACUAUUAAGAGCUCAUUUAUAAAAAGAAGAAAAAUGAAUUAAUUAUGGAAAUAGUCAUAGGAAUGCUUUUCAAUUAAUGCUUAAUUAAAUCGCUUGGAUAGAAUUUAAACUGGUGACUUGUAAUUAACUACUAAAGUGAAUAAUAAUUCAAAUCAGAUUCGAAUUCUAUUGAGAAAAGUCGUUUUGUAAUAAGCACUCCAAAAUAUUUGUCCGUAACUGUAAUGUUUUGAAAACAUACUUUUCACGAUCAUGACACCAUACAGAAAAAAAAAAAAGAAAAAAGUCAGGAAAAAAAGCGUCAACCUCAAAAGGCAGUUUCACCUGUUCUUUCAUUCAUAUUUGCGUGGCUUUAUGUUGUAAUGUGUCAGUCUGUGUUCAUAGGAGAUGCUCUGAGGAACUGCACACCCACAGCCUUAUGCAAGACCACCAAGCUGUAAGUGCCAUUUACAAACAUUAACAUAGUGCUCCACAGUCACACUGGACAAUCUAGAGUUUAUUCAGCUGACCAAGAAUUUAAAGAUGCAUAAAAAUGUCCACACUGGUCAAGGACACAGCGCAACAGAUUUGACAAAUUGACAAAAAUAUUUCAGUUUCUAACACUGCCCUCAGUUGUAAUCACAUGGCACACUGUCAAGCUGUUAUAGUUCAUGCUGGUUUUCUCUCUGAGCCCACUUUGGUGAAGAAUUGCCUAUUUAACUUUACUAAAAGAAAAAGAUAAUACAACAUAAGUAGCACCUCUAAACUAAACCAAAUCAAAUUCAAAAGAUUUAAAUUAGGUGAGGAUUUAAAUCAAGUCAUUUUCAUUCAGAAAUCCAAGAUUUUUAUGCUUCACUCUCCUUCUAUUUUUCUGUUUGGAAUCAUAUAAUAAUCUAAAACAAAUAGCCAAACCAAGUGAUGAAUACAAACCAAUUAGAAGCAGGUUAAGGAUUAUUUGAUGAAUGAUGAUGAAAGAAAUGUACUUGAAAUGUAUGAACCACAGGAUUGUAUAGAUUUUAUAGGAAAGCGCAAGACCUCCAAAUCAUAUUCAUCAACAAGUGUUCUCUCUAUUAUGAAGAUUUCCAAUGUGCACGGCCCUAUAGAUGAAACUAAAUCUAGCAUCCUAAAGCCAUGCAGAAGGCAAAUACGGACCGUAUGUAAUAUGACUGUGAAGUGCACGAUGAAAGCAGCACUUUGGAAGAGGCGCAUAGGAUUAAAAAUGUUUUAGUUGAUUGUGUCUGAGCAGACCUUACAGUAUUAUUAAUUUCAGUGUAUUUUGAAAUGUUUAUGCAUCUUUUUGUGUUUAUGCAUGUGUAUAUUGUGUAAUACCAUCAGUAUUAUUGUCACUGACAAAUGUUUCAUUUGUAGAACCUUUUAUAUAUGUCUUAUUUUUGUAUUGCUUUAUUUAUUGCGUGUGUGAUACACAACACUGUAGUUUAACACAAUGUAUUUUAGAAUUAAUCUCAGUGCCACGAAGGAGGUUAAACCCUGAUAUACAGUAUAUAAAGCUGAACUUAACAGUAUUCGUUUUAUCAUUUCAAGUUAUUUUUAACUCUCUAUCACAUAAAGUCAGUUAGGCAGACAUUUGUACCCAUUGCUUUGGUUUUUCUUACAUCUGAAGCUUUUCCAACAGCUUCACAGUAAUUAAUAAACCUGUGAUAAAGAGCAUGGAUUCAUGUUGUUGUACUGGUGUUGAAAUUGCCAUUUUGGAACCAAAAUUAGUCAAGCCAUUUUGUCUAUGUUUUUAUUUGUGCCAACUCUGCAUUGUGUGUAAAUGUCACAUUUUCCACAAAGUGAUGAACCUAUUUGUAGGAUUUUUCUUCCUUUGUUUCCUUUUAUGAUGCCCCAUAAAAUAAAAAGAAAUGAAGCACCA